AUGCCAACAGGAAGAAUUAACCAGGGGGAAGGCAUUAAGGAAGGGGCCGUAAGAGAAGUUCAGGAAGAAACAGGGAUUAAUACAGAAUUUGUACAAGUGGUUGGGUUCAGGGAUGGUCACAAUGCCCCUUUCGGAAAAUCCGAUCUGCUCUUCGUGUGUAUGUUGAGAUCUCUUUCUUCUAAUAUUGUUGUCCAAGAUACCGAAAUUUCAGUAGCCAAGUGGAUGGCGAUAGAAGAAUUUGCAUCUCAACCUAAAAAUCAGCAAAGCAAACUCCUAAAAGAUAUGAUCGGCGUGUGUGUUGCCAACGUCAACGGACAAUGUGAAGGAUUUUCAGGCAUUGGGAUAUCGUCCAACUCGCGCAAACCCUCUGCUUUCUUCUGCUCUGCCCUUAAUUCUGAGUAAAUUAUCGGCAUUUGCAAACUGAAGAACAAAGAUAGAAUGGAUUUCAGCAACUUCAUUCAAUACAUUCGUCCUAGUCAUGUCUAGAUAUUCCUAGCACGCUCCAUGUAACAAUGAUUUCCUCGAUAGAAUAUUAUAUUUAAGUUAACAUGUUGAACGAGUAUAUUUUUUUUAAUCAAGUUUUGAAAUAAAUACAAAUUUUUCAAUUAUAUUUGAAAAAUAUUUGUAUUGUAUAUUUGACACUAUGAUCAUUUGAA